CCGGCCGGUCUCGGGCAUGCUAACCAUGUGAUGAGAAAAUACUUGCAAACGGACCCUGCCUUUCUUGACGGCGGACGCGACGCGUUCCUUCUCCUUGAUUUCACAAUUCAAUGUCUUCACCGCCUGCUCUCGAUUUUCCUUCCUCCGAUGCCGAUAUGAACGAGGAUGGUGAUCAGGGCGCCGCGCCAACCAACAAUCUACCUCUUUUUCUUGCAGGAACUCCUUCAACAAAUGCUGGGACCCCAGCUCGUACACGAGGCAGCCAAAGCAUCGCAGGGAGCUCUCCUCUCCGAAAUAUUACCGCGAGGAGGGCAGUAGGGCUUAGCACUCCUAAACAAAGGCCUCUUUUUGCCCCCGGGAGCUCUUCUCCGAUCGCGUUUCCAAGCUCUUCACCAUCCAAAACGCCUCGAAGACGCGUAAACUUUACUUCUGACCCUCCAAUCGCCAAUCAAGACUCCGAGCCCUUGGAUUUUCCUUCAAGCCCGACAGCCUCUGCUCCCAUCAAUAGGAGAGGGGAUAUCCACUCUUCUCUCUCCAUUACACCGACUUCUCAUCGCCGAGUCCGCCCCCCGCGCUCGACUCAUUCUAACGCGGACCCACUCACCUCCGAUGGCAUCCAACUUGACCUUCCUCCUUCUUCUGCCCCAUUGCUUUCAGCCGCAAAUGACCCUGUAUCCGAAGAGCCCGACGAGAUUCGUGCCAUUUGGGGUACCACAGUCAACAUCAACCAAACUAUCCAACUCUUCACCGAUUUCUUGAAAAAUUUCAAGAUCAAAUAUCGCAUUGCCUAUAAUCGUGAGAAUAGGCUACCUACUUCAGCACUAGCUACGCCCGAGGAAGGUGAAGUGCUUCUAUACGAAGGGUAUCUUCGACGAAUGCGCCAGACUGGCGAAACCAACCUUAAUCUUGACGUUAGGAAUUUGCUGGCUUAUCCACCAACGAAGAAGCUGCACACGCAAGUCAUUAAGUAUCCGCAGGAGGUUAUACCGACAUUCGAUCAAGCAUUGAAGGAUGUGAUGAUUGAUUUGGCUGAGCAAGACCAGGCGGAAGGGUUGGAGGGCAUGCAAGAUGCCGCUGGUGAUGCAGAGAUAUCUGACAUUUUGAGCAAGGUGUACAAAGUCCGUCCCUUAGGAGUAACGCCUAUUAACAUGCGCGAACUAAACCCUUCUGAUACAGAUAAACUCGUCUGUAUCAAAGGCCUUGUCAUUCGUGCAACUCCGGUCAUCCCAGACAUGAAAGUCGCCUUCUUCCGUUGCCUCACCUGCUCCCACACUAUUCAAGUUGAAAUCUCACGUGGACGAAUUUCUGAACCUGCUCGUUGUCCACGAGACGUUUGCGCAUCUGUAGGAACCAUGUCCCUCAUUCAUAAUCGGUCAGAGUUUGCGGACAGGCAAGUCGUUCGAGUACAAGAGACCCCCGACGCCGUGCCAGAUGGUCAAACGCCCCAUACCGUCUCUCUCAGCGUCUACGACGAACUAGUUGACGUCUCUAAACCGGGUGAUAGGAUCCUCGUAACUGGAAUCUUCAGAAGCACUCCGGUGAGGGUCAAUCCGAGACAAAGGAGCCUGAAGAGUUUGUUCAAGACUUUUGUGGAUGUAGUCCAUAUAAAGCUUGGGACUGAUAAGGGACUGGGCUUCGAUCGAUCUACUCGACCAAUGGGCGGGGACAAGAUCCCUGGUGUAGGCGGCGUUGGGGAUGGUCUAGACGGAGACAAUCCUGAUGCCAAUCCUCUCGACGACGUCCCUUCUGUCGAAGGAGGGUCUUCCCGGCGUGCUUUACACCAAGAUCAUCUCAGAGAACUCUCUCAGCAACCAGAUAUCUACGAACGUCUAGCUCGAUCGCUUGCACCGUCCAUAUGGGAAAUGGACGAUGUCAAGAAAGGGAUUUUGCUUCAGCUUUUCGGUGGCACUAACAAGAGUAUCUCAAGGGGCGGAGGAGGCGGAGGGCCAAGAUAUCGUGGAGAUAUCAAUGUUCUUUUGGUGGGUGAUCCAGGUACAAGUAAGAGCCAGAUUCUGCAGUAUGUUCACAAAAUUGCACCUCGGGGAGUGUAUACUUCCGGAAAAGGUUCUUCCGCGGUCGGUUUGACGGCGUAUGUCACUAGAGAUCCAGAUUCUAAACAGUUGGUGCUGGAAAGUGGUGCUCUCGUACUAAGCGACGGAGGGGUCUGCUGCAUCGACGAAUUCGAUAAAAUGUCGGAUGCUACCAGGAGUGUUUUACACGAAGUCAUGGAACAACAAACGGUUUCCGUUGCCAAAGCUGGUAUUAUAACUACAUUGAAUGCUCGCACAUCCAUUCUUGCCGCUGCCAACCCAGUCGGAUCGAAAUACGACGUUGACUUGCCUAUCACGAGAAACAUCGACCUCCCACCUACUCUCAUUUCGCGAUUUGACCUGCUAUAUUUAGUUUUGGACCAGGUAGAUGAGAAUUUGGAUCGUCGGUUGGCUCAGCAUCUGGUUGGACUGUACCUUGAAGACACGCCCGACAACAGUGGCAGUGACAUUCUACCUAUUCAUGAACUUGCCGCCUACAUCGACUACGCCCGAUCCAGAAUUCACCCAAUUAUCACCGAGUCCGCCGGCAAGGAGCUCGUCGCGGCCUACGUCGAGAUGCGCAAUAUGGGUACUGACCCGCGUACUUCAGAAAAACGCAUCACUGCCACCACACGACAACUAGAAAGUAUGAUACGUCUUUCUGAAGGCCAUGCUCGGAUGCGCUUCUCGGAAUUUGUUGAAGACCACGACGUCGAGGAGGCUGUGAGAUUGAUGCGUGAAGCCAUCAGAACAAGUGCGAUGGACCCGCGAACUGGUAAGAUCGAUAUGGGCAUGUUAAACACAGGUACAGGCCAAGGUCAACUCAAGUUGAGAGAGGAUAUGAGGAGGGAGUUGCUAAAGAUAAUCAACGCUACUGGAGGAACACGAGGUGUCAAGUGGACAGAUGUGGUCAAGAGUCUUAGUGCUCAAAGUAGUAUCAAAAUCGAUCCAGCGGAGUUCACAGAAGUAGUGAAGGGAUUAGAGAACGAGGGUUUGGUGAAGAUAGUGGGCGAGCGGGAUAAGAGGAUGAUUCGUAAAAUGGAUGGUUAGAAACGCUUGUUGUUUGUGUUCGAAUCUGUACUAUCAACUGUUGUUCAUGAGUAAAUUACCUAUAAUACACACGAAGGCCGUCUGUCCUCGA